AUGUCUGAAGAGUCAGACUCGGAUGUUAAUUUUGAGGACUCUGGGAGUGAAUAUUUGCUUGAGAGUUCCGAAUACACUGAAUCUGCAUCAGAAGCUGACGAUAAUAUCAAUGCGGCCACUGAGCCUACAGAGAUAAACGACGAGAUACUGUCUGUUGCCCAGUGGGUAAAUGUUGCUCCGGAUAAUUCUCAGAACUUCAAUCCAAAGUAUGAAAUCCCAACUGAGCGAGACUGCAAAAUUCUUCUCGAUUUUGCUCACGAUUGCACCGAGUUCAAAGUGUUUUCCACGAUAUUUCCUUACAGUUUGAGCAUUCGAAUUGCUGAAUGUACUAAUCCGCGUCUGACAGCUUUGAAUCGCCGGGCUCAGUCAAAGCGAAAUUUAACCGAUCCGAAUGAAAUUCUGGUAUUUCUGGGCGUUUCAUUAAUUAUGCAUUAUAAUAAGUUGCCUUCUCUGAAGGACUAUUGGAGCAAAAAUCCAUCGAUGGGAAAUUCAGUUAUAAAAAACUGUAUAUCACGAGAUCGCUUUUUAUUAUUGUCAUCAAAGUUAUAUUUUAAUGACUGCGAUAAGCCCACCAACGCUUCUAGAGAUUAUUACAUCUCCGAUGUUGUGCAAUGUCUGAAACAAACAUUUGCAGCUGCUCGAAGUGAAAGUUCAUUUCAGUCUAUUGACGAAUGCAUGGUAAAAUUCAAAGGUAGAUCAAGCAUGAAGCAAUAUAUGCCAAUGAAACCCAUAAAGCGCGGAAUCAAAAUUUGGAUGCGAUGUGACUCGAAGACAGGAUACACUUACGAUCUUAAUCCUCCCUCGCUAGGGCAGGCACCUUGUCGUUGGUGCGGGGGCUUAGCUGCAUCACCAACCAGCCCUCUUCUGGUUUGA